AUGUUUGUACUGCUGCAAGAUCAACUUGGAGGCCUCCAAGUCAUGUUUAAUAAUCAGUGGGUUAAUGUUCAACCAAUUUCCGGAGGUUUGGUAGUUAACAUUGGGGAUCUUCUCCAGAUAAUAUCGAAUGACAAGUUCAAGAGUGUUGCUCAUAGAGUGUUGGCCAACGUUGCUGGACCAAGAAUAUCUGUGGCAUGCUUUUUCAAUGGUGUUGUUGUACCUCCAAAGUUAUACGGCCCUAUAAAAGAACUGUUAUCAGAAGAAUGUCCUCCCAUAUUCAAGGAUUUUGUAGUGAGUGAUUAUAGGGAAAAGUUCUUUUCCAAGGCUUUCGACAACUCUGGCCCCGGCGAUUUCAAGCUAGGAAACUUGGAGGAUAUGUAUCCACAAAACCAUAUCAUCAAUAAGUAAACGAAUAGAGUUAAUGUGUCAAGCUGUAUUGUGUUGUGCUGUUAAUUUUCCUUCUUGUAUGAAUUAUUCAAGGUACAUCAUCAUAUAUAUUUUUCUCUCUGUGCGAGUUUGUGGUAGUUUUCUGUAUAUAUAUCUGUGUCUGAUCGAAUAAAAUGAGAACCGGAGUUACAAA